UAACUAUAUAUAUUUAUUUAUACUACAAAUCAAAACUCUUCAACUUGUUUUCAAUUCUGCCUUUAUUUCCAUGCAUGGCAAGGAAUUGGAUUCAUCUUGGUUUAAGAACCAAAUGCCAUCAUCUUCAUCAUACUAUUAUAUUGGCAAUCAAGCUAUCACAAGCUUAUUGCUUAAAACAUCAUGUCAAGGCUUUUCUGAUGGUGAUAACUUUGGUGUCUCUUCCUUGGAUCGGAUCUAUAUUAAGGAAAGAAUACAUUGCUAGCAACCCAACUCCACAUAGACGCCUCGUGUUCGAACAAAGGAAAGCAGAAGCUAUCAAAAGUUUCGAAAACGUCCUACUUGAGCCUCCAAGAGGGGCCUCAGGGAAAUCUAAAACAUACACGAAAAAGACUCGUUAUCUUCCGGACUUGAUGGACGAUUCCCUACAAGACUACCCGCGAUUAGUGUUCAUAGAUGUCAAUGGAGAUGCGGGAUGGUUCAUUGAAAACUACCCAACAAGGAACAAGAACUUUGAGAUAUAUCAAGUUGAAACAACCAUGCCCGAAACGAAUGAUGUUGACGAUAUGUAUGUGGAAACCGAGAUACCGGAUUGGCUAAGAGAAAAUGUGAAGAAAUGUGAGUAUGUGGUAAUGAAAGCUGAGGCAGAUGUGGUUGAAGAGUUGAUAAACCACAAAGUAAUAGACUUAGUAGAUGAGUUAUUCAUGGAAUGUAAAUAUCAAUGCAUGAGAUGUAAAAAGUGUAAGAGACCAUAUUGGAAAUGUUUAGCUUUGUAUGGUCAGUUGAAAGAUUUAGGUGUUGCAGUUCAUCAAUGGUGGGGAUGAUCGAUAGGGUGAGAUUUCUUUAGCUUAAUAUAGUCUUGUAUAUAUGUACAAUUGCUUUUAUAAUUCAUUCUAGUAUACAUGUAGAGCUCAAUGUUAUUCUUUUCAAUCACAAAUUGUCUGUCAAUAUUAUAU